GAGUAUCAGAAUUUUUAUCCUCGAAGCAAAAUGAAAUCAGCUUGCAAACCCCGCCAAAGUAUGCAACUGACCUGGAUAAAGAGGACCUGGAACUGAUACAUGACUUUGGAAGUCUGUCCACACAACAGCUCAUGGACAAAAUAAAGCAUCUGCAGAAUCUGGCCUACCAAGUUGGUUUAGAAGAAGGUAAGAGACUUCAAACAUCCUUACUGUCUUCUUUAGCGAAGGAAAUGACACGCGGAAAGUUUUUGAAUAUCCUUGGAAAACGCU